UGGACGAGUUCCAAGUGAUCGCGCGAUUCGCCAAGAGGCUCAAGAGCUAGAGCACGAAGAGUUUUCCUUUUCCCGGAGGUUUUAGGUGAUGACGAUGGAGGAGGAGCUCGCGGAGCAGGGCGAGGGCGGCGACGAGGAGAUGGAGGACGAGGAUCGCACUCCAUCGCUCCGGCUCGGCGACGACGACGAUGACAACAACAACAGCCCGAAUGCGGCGGGCGAUGACGACGAAGGGGUGAGUAGGGAUCCAAAUUCCACUCCGGAUGCUACCGACGCAGUGCCGAUCGAGAAUGUGAAUCGUGGGGAUGGGAAUGAGGAGGAGGAGGAGGAGGCCGCCCCCGGGACUCCAGCGCCAGAGACUCCAGAGAUGGAGAUUCCAGCUGCUGAGGGAGGCAACAACAAGAAGAAGGGAAAGGUGAGCCAGAAACGCAAGCAGGGGGACGAGGGGGCAUCCGCGGCGGCAGCGAAGAAGCCAAAGAAGAGAAACACAAACGUUUGGAGCAAGAGCACGACGAGGAAGAGCAGCAAAAAGGGGGGCAGCAAGACACAGGCGAAAGCUCUGGAGAAUGAGAACUCGGUCUACCUCAGUCCCGUGGUUCCCAAGAUCGAGGAUGGGCCGGACUUGCCAGUUUUGCUCUCCAAGCUCCAGAAGGCCGAGAAGGUGGAGCUCAGCGCCGACCAGCUCUCGGCUGGGAGUAUCAAAGGGUACCGGAUGGUCCGAGCUACUCGGGGUGUUGUGGAAGGAGCUUGGUACUUUGAGAUCACUGUGGAGCACUUGGGGAAGACUGGGCACACGCGGCUUGGGUGGUGUACGCAGAAGGGUGAUGUCCAGGCUCCGGUUGGAUACGACAGUCAUGGAUAUGGCUACCGGGACCUGGAAGGGAGUAAAGUCCAUGCAGCGCUCAGGGAGCCUUAUGGAGAAGCCUACAUUGAAGGUGACACGAUUGGCUUCUACAUCAACUUGCCGAAUGGUGCUGCUCUUGCUCCAAAGCCACCGGAGAUUGUGAGCUUCAAAGGCUUGCCUUACACUGCCGAGACGAAAGAGGAGCCUCUCAGGCCUUUGCCUGGAGGCGAGAUUGUGUUCUUUAGAAACGGUGUGUACCAGGGCUGUGCUUACAAAGAUAUCUACGCAGGACGGUACUUUCCUGCUGCUUCAAUGUACACGCUUCCGAACGAGCCAAACUGCACGGUUCGAUUCAACUUCGGUCCGGACUUUGCAUUCCCAAUCACGGAUUGGAAGGACCAUACGCCUCCGCAGCCGAUGUCGGCCGCUCCUUUUGCCGGUACCCACGAAAUGGAGGCAGUGGCAGCGAUUGCAGCAGCAGCAGGCGGGAGACUGCAGAUGGAACCUCUGAAACAGGAGACUGAUGCGGGUGGUCAGGAAGCAGGAAAUGGAAACGGCCACAGCAAGUCCAACUCCCCGGGAGAAGCCGCAGAAAAGAAGCCGAGAGGCAAGCCACCAAAGCCAGGGUCUGCGAAGAAGACCACACCGGGUAGCAGCAAAAAGAAAACGACGACAACGUCAAGCAGCAUCAUCAGACACAGCUUGCAAUUAGCAGUAGAGGUACCGAUCGAAAGCACAGAUGCGAUCAUUUCCCAGGUGGAUGAAGUUAGAAGGAUAGCACAGGAAGCAAGCUUCUCUUAGGGACAGGGAAAUUCAAUUUUAGUUUACACUGGUUUUAGUUUC